GGCACGUUCCGGCAGUGUGUAUAAACCAGUCACAGAGUUCACAUCGCGAACCGCGUAGCAAAGUUGAAAACGCUUCUCCUGAAUCAAGCUUACAAAUAUCAACCAAACCGUUUUGAGUCACCGAUACUUUUACGCCGAAAAAUGUUAACAGAAAAGCCAGCGGUCAUGAAACGUAGAGAAUCGAGCAUAUCGGACAUUCAGAGCGAUCGGAAAUACGACAUCAAACAGUGGAAGGCAGACAAAAAGAGUGUUGAGGAUACCCUCAUAAAAACUUUAAAGGAACACAUCCUUACCAAAAACAUCGAACAAUUUCAAGCAGUCCUCAUCCAAGGAGUGUCCGACCUGAACCAACUGUACGCCCGAUUACCGUUCGAAAAGAACACACUCGCCCCGGAAGACUCCUUCCGGAACAAGUGCCUACGACAGUUCUUCGGCGACCUGUGCUCCACCGAGGGAUGUUUCCAGUUCAUCACGAUCUUCAUCUCGAUUCUCCCGCUGGAAAACGAACCAAUUCAGCAGUCCAAGAACCAAUACCCAAUCCACAUCGCUCUGAAUGCGAAAGCAUUCGCCAAUGCCGAAACGCUGCUGCAGCUGCCCAUGGUCAACGUGGACGCCAUGUGGCAGAAGCAAACCCCGCUGAUGAUGCUGUUCAAGAUGGCCACCGGCGUCACCUUUGGAGCGGUCAAGCAACUGAUCAUGCUGUUGGGAGAGAAAGGUGCCGACAUUAACCUGGGUGACUAUCGGGCACACCCGUUGUCCGUACUUUGUAACUCUACCAGCUUAGAUCUGGAUCAGAAGCGUGACUUGGUGGAGUAUUGCCGGCAACAUUUCGUCUGCGACUUGGAUAGCACGUUUGAAGGGCAAGCCAGAAAGGACGUUGAGGCAACGUUUGCCGAUUUGAAGUUUGAUCAACGGCGAUCGGAGAUUACCGCUGCAACGAUGGAGUCCUUUCUGUUGGAAGGAAAAAGUCAAGAGUUUGUCAACGAAUUUGACGAGUUCAUCGUCAAAUCGCCGGAACCCAGCAAGGUUUACGAACUGUUACAGAAAGCAGUCAUUCGGAAUCGGAUAAGAUGCAUUCAAAAGAUUUUAAUAGCUGUAGAGCAAAAUCCCAAAGAUUUGGAUCCACUACCCUACAAAGAAAUAAUAUCCAAGGCGAUCAAGCUUGUCUGUGCCAAAGGGCAGCCGGAAAUCCUAAAACUGUUCUUGAAACAUAUAGAACCUGCGGAAAUCUUCAACGAGCGACCACUGGGACUCGUCUGCGUUAGAAAUCUAGCCAAAAAGAUCACCAAUGAGCUUUGUGAAUGUUUGGAGCUACUUCUGGAAGAUUCCCGGAUAGCGUUUGAUAAAACUGAUCACGAAAACAAGGGAGCACUCGAGUAUGCCAUUGAGCACAAUUUGGGACUUGUGGUACGGCGAAUGAUGGGCGUUGACAAGCAUAUACGGAUGCCGGAAUAAGCUUGGGCUGGUCAUUAAUCGAAUCUAGAAUCAUAAAAACGUUGCAAAAUACGUUUAUUCAAACAAAGCAAAAAAAUUAUAAAAAACAGCAUGUAAAUUUAAAAGCUCUAUAACAAUAAUUGACUUUAAUCUCAGAAUAGUUUCAUAAUUUACUAACUGCGCUCCAUUACUGACAGUUUGCUUUUAAAUGCUUAGCUGAUUAAUGUAAUAAGCAAAACAAUUCAAACCAAAACUUCUCAUAUUUAAUAACUUACGAUUCCGCUAGUUUUAUUCUUUACCCGCACCAUGUAAGAGUUGAACAAAAACUUAUUUCAGGCAGAAAUAAUAAACGAUUAACAACUUA